UUGCACCACGUAUCUUUCUUCUUUUUUUCUUUAUUCUUGGAGAUAAAACAGCACAGAAAUUGACAAUUUAGUAUGCUGCACCGCCGUCAGAUGGACGCAACAGAUUAAAAAAUACAUAAUUAAAAAAUCACACAGGUUGACAGGUGACAGGAUAGAUUAAUAAGGCACAACAUUAUAUGGCCCAUUUGUCCCAUGUCUACCAUUGUAGAUUAACUUAUUAUUAUUCAGUUUAAUUUAGUUUUUAUUGUCUUCUACUGGUGAAUUAUAUAAAUUUAGAAGAGGAUAAAAAUCAUCAAAUAGAAUUUAACUGAGAUAUAAAAAUAAUCUACGUCGGUAGAGAUCAACAGAACAAUAAUAAUUCUAAUUUUAUAUAAUUUAUCAUGUCUGAUCUUUCUUUUCACACGUGCGUCAAGCGAAAUAGGCAAAUAACGCACUCUUAUCGGCGUUAACAAAACGGUGUAAAUAAUUGCUUGAUAAAGUUAAUCGGGAUUUGGUCGUCCCUGAGAAGCGUAAACACCGCGAGACGCCCAGUGUAAUCGCCCGUGUGGAAUCGGAGGGGAUUCAAGCGUUUCGUGCGAUUGGCAACACCGUGAAGUGUGUAUGCAUUUUCGUCAACAACAGUCGGCGAUCCUGGCAUUCCUGGCCCGGAAGUUUACAGCGGGAGUCUGAUCGGCGAGGCCGGCGCGUACUCGCGCGACUGGGACACGAGAGGAAUUGCGGUCUGCGGAGCGGACGGCUUGGCGAGCACCCGCGGACGCGAGUCUCAUGUAAUCGGCCGCGUUUUCGGGCGAAAGCAGCAGCGUCAUGGUCCUGAUCUCGGAUCCGCUUCUCUUCGCGAUCGCGCUGGUCGACACGGGCUGCGUGCUGUUUCUCCUGGUGUACUACAUUAUAACGCUGUCGGAUCUCGAGUGUGAUUAUCUGAACGCGCAGGAAUGUUGUUCCAAGCUAAAUAUGGGAGUGUUGCCAAAGUUGAUAGCGCACACGUUUCUAGUGUUUCUCCUGUUGAUACACGGACAGUUGAUAUUAACGCUGGUGAACAUACCGAUGACAAUUUGGUUGUUUUACGAGUACUUGAGCGUUCCCAGCGGCAAUAUGGGGGUCUACGAUCCCACGGAGAUUCACAAUCGCAGCCAGCUGAAGAGAUACACGCGCGAUAGCAUGAUUCAUCUCGGGUAUUGCCUCGUGUUCUUUUUCAUUUAUCUUUAUUGUAUGAUUGUGGCGUUGCUCAAGGGAGAUCCUAUCAACAGGAACGACGACACCAUAAUAGAUUUGUAAAGAUAUAGAGAAGCUAAGGCAAAGAAAACCCUUUUAUAUUUAUAUAUAUACCGUGUUUACGUUAUCUUAUAAUGAUAUAUAAGAAUAUUUUAAUUCUGCUACACAUCACUGACACACAUCACGUUCUCUAAAUAGGUUUUUUUCCAUUUUUUAAAAAUCAUUCAUUUUUUAAGUAUCUAGCUAGUUGCGCGUACUGCUCUCAAACAGCCGCCUAUCAUUUAUGGUUCCUAAUUAUUUCGAGAUAGCAAUUUCAGAAAAAUAUUUUCGCUCACUCGUCUCUUUUGGUAAUUCCUCUGAUUUUUGAAGAUCUCGAAUUGUUACUGUGUAACUGAACUCUUGAUUGAGGCCUAACGAAAUAAAUGGGAACCAUAUAGUCUGUGGUACCAAAUGUAUCUCAUCAUGUCCAUGUUUGCGCGUAACGCAUGCGAGUAAAUCAUAAAUUUCUAGUCGUAAACAUAUAAGAGCGAAAGUCUGUAUCAUAACAGGGAUUGUUAAAGGCAAAAACAAUACAGUCGUAAUAUUUUAAUAUUACACUUCAUUAUA